UCCCGCGUCAUGGCGUAAUAUCCAUUGUGUGUUUAUCAUUGCAACGCGUACGUUUUGUAAGAAGUGACAUCGAUAUACACGAAAAAAAAAAAAAAAAAACGCAAAUCAGCCGUGAUUUAAUUAUAUUGCACUUAUCGUAAUUUCACUAGCGCAUCAAAGAGUCAUCUCGCAAAAUCCUAACGUGACACGAGCAACAUGUUCAGUCUUAGCGAAAUUGAGGAGCAGCUGCAAAAUGCUAGCCGACAGUUAGUUGGAGUCUCUUUCGUCGGUCAAGCCCUUGUAUUAGAUACCGCCGAUACCGCUUCCCCAGUGGUACAAGCGAUAAAAGAAUGUCCGUGUUUGGAGUAUUUAGACUUGGAAGGAAAUACUCUGGGAAUACCAGCUGCAGAAGCUAUAGCAGAAGCAUUGCAAGAGAAGGGAGCUCCUCUGAAGAAAGCACUAUGGAAGGACAUGUUUACUGGUCGUUUAAAAACAGAAAUUCCAAAAGCAUUAGAGCAUCUAGGAACUGCAUUGUGUAUUGCUGGCAGUCAACUCACUGAACUUGACUUGAGUGACAAUGCUUUUGGACCGAUUGGCGUACAGGGUUUAGCAAAUCUGUUGACAUCAAGCCCCUGUUACACUCUUCAGGUGUUGAGAUUGAACAAUAAUGGUUUAGGGAUAUCAGGAGGAAAAAUGUUGGCUAAAGCUUUGGAAAAAUGUCAUGAAAAUAGUUCUAAAGAAGGUAAGCCACUUGCUCUGAAAGUUUUCAUCGUUGGCAGAAACAGAUUGGAGAACGAGGGUGCGCAAGCACUGGCAGCUGUGUUUGAAAAGCUGAAAACAUUAGAAGAAGUUAUAAUGCCACAAAAUGGCAUAUAUCACGUAGGCAUUACAGCAAUCACGAAAGGAUUAUCUGUCAAUCCUAAUCUGCGAGUGUUGAAUUUGAACGACAAUACAAUUGGGUUAAAAGGAGCUAAAGCUCUUGCGAACGUUCUGCCAAAUUUUCGAGGUCUGGAGGAGCUAAAUCUUGGAGAUUGUUUGUUGAAGAGUAAAGGAGCUUCAGUUUUAGCAGAGACACUGACAAUUCACGGCAAUCAUACAUCUCUCAAAAUUCUGGAUUUAAGUAACAAUGAGAUACGCAUGGAUGCUGGAAUUAUUAUUGCUCAAUCCACGCACGAUAAAAGUCUGUUGACGAGUCUGCAAUUAAACGGUAAUUGUUUUGGAUCAGAGGGAAAAGAAAAAGUUGAGGAAGUUCUUGCAACAAUGGGAAAAAACGACAUAUUGAGUCCGUUGGAUGAGGAUUACAGUGAAGAUGAAGAGGAAGAAGAUGAGGGUGACGACGACGACGACGAUGAUGACAAAGAAAAAACAAGCGAAUGCGAAAGCUCCGUCAAUGAAGAUGAGGAAAGUGAUGAAAAUAAUAUGACUGUCAAAGAAAAUAACAAAGCACAAGAUGGCGUUACGCAACGUGCAGUGGUAACGGUACCAGAAUUUCUGGCAUCACCAAUAGGAGAGAAACUAUUGCUAUUACAAAACGAUAGUGUACAAGCUUUUGUUGAUUAUGCAAUGAACUUGGCAAAACAGAGCGAAGACAAUACGAAACAAAAAUUUAUACAGGAGCUUUUGCAGAUAAUCAUGAAGGUAUCAACAUUAUGCGGCAGUGGCUACAUGGAUGUGAGAAUGAAAGCAGAAUCCUUGUCGGAUGCUUUGUACGCAAAGCUCUUCUCUUAUGCUGUAGAAAACAAUCAAAUUCCGAAUUUAAAUAACGCAUUACUAGUAAAUCUUGGCUUACUGAAAGACGAAGACAAAAGCUACAGAAAAAAUCAGUGGAACUUAGAGGGAUGUUUUAAAGCGUUGGAAAAAAUUUGUCAAAGAGAUUAUUUUCCGGUACAAGUAAGGAGUACGUUAAAAGUAUUCUUAGAAAGACCGAUGAAAACUAGUCGCGCGAACGUGGUAGAUCCAUUUAAAGAGUCUAAAGUUGCUCUCAAAACUGUUUUAGACAAUAUUCAAAUUACGUAAAUUUACCUAAAUUUACUAUUGAUAUAUGUGAGACACAUAGUUAUUUAUUUUUAUACAUUUGUGUAUGGGAAAAAAAAAACAUCAACAUAUAAUUGUGUAAAAUUUAAAAAUUGUCGAUAUUUUACGAAGUAUGCGAGAUCUGCAAGUUACAAAUUUUUUAAAAUAAACUUUUGUGCGUAUAUAUAAUUUUUUUAAAUUA